AUGAGCCAUCAAAAUGUCACGUCAACGACAAUGGGGUCUCCGGAGAAAUUAGGACAGCAACAUGCAUUAUUUAUGACUCGAUUACAAACAUCUCCAAGUAAAUCAAAUAAUGCAAACAAUAGCGGUACGAAGGAUAAUGAAAAUGGUAAUUUAGAUAAAAAUGAUACAGAACCCAAUGUAGCAAAUUCGAAUUCUUCAAAAGUUAUUGAUUCAUUACGUGAACAGAUAGACACAUUAACUGAGACUAAUUUAGAAUUGACUAAACAAUCCCAUCACUUACUGAAUAAAUUAGAAAUUGUACAGAUUAAUGAAACCAAUUUGGUUGAAGAAUUGAAUAUUUUAAAAUCAUCAAAUGAUACAAUUAAUAAUAAUUUAAUAGAUUCAACUAACAAAUUGAAGUAUUUAGAAAAUCAAUUAAAUCAAUUAAAAUCAGAUUACUCAAAAGAGAUAAAUAUCAAAAAGAAAUUUGAAGAACAGAUUAAGCUACUAAAAAAUGAUAGGGAUGAAAAUUCAAGUGAAAAUGGAAUUUUAAUGAAACAGACUCAAUAUGAUAUUUUAUUAAGUAAUCAAGAAGAUUAUAAAAAAUAUUAUACAGAAAAAAUCAAUGAGUUAAAUGAAUUAUUAACCAAAAUUAAACUAAAUUAUGAAUCAAAUGAAGAUAAUAAAGAUAGAAUAAUCACGGAUAAAUUGAAUGAGAUGGAAAGUUUAUCAAAUCGAUAUGAAAUUUUAGAUAACAAUAUAAAAGAAUAUAUUCAAGAUGAUAAAUUGGACUAUUUAAUUAGUCAAAAAUUUGAUAUUAAUGAUUGGAUUCAACUAUAUAAUAAUAUGAAUGAGAAAUUUUAUUAUUUUGCUAAUGAGAGGAUGGAAUUAUCUGAUGUAACAAUAAAUAAACUAAAACAUGAAUUGAAAACUAAUCGUAAUAAGCAAUCAACCAAGACAAGAAGUGUAUCAGAUAGCAAUGACUCUAAAGAUAAAAGAACUACGAAAUAUUAUGGUAAUUUAAGUACACUUUCUCAAGAUUCCUUAAAUAACUAUAGUAGCAAUAUCAGUACUAAUAAUAGUAAUAUUCAUAUUAGUAGUAGUACUAGUAAUAGUGGCAAUGAAGAGUCUGAUAGUUCAAGAGUACCGUCAAAUGGCUCAAUAUCAAUGCUUUUGCCUGGUGUCAAGAGAACUUCUUCUGUAAGAAGAAAUCCUAGUAUUAACUUGCGUUAUAAUAAAUGA